AUGCGGCUUUGCUGGCCUCUGUGCCGUCAUAGCCCAUUUCUCAACGUCAAUCGUUGUUCUUAUUUUGAACUCUUAUACACCAGCGCGUGCCUGUUGCACGGCAUCACCAUGAUCCUCACGCCGCUCUCCAGCCUCUUCCUGCUACCCCUGCUCCUGCAGCCCGCCGCCGCCGCCGCAGCCACCGUCACCGUCACCGCCGCGCCCAGCAUCCCCUCCAAAGAGCCCUCCUACUCGAAACGCUACGUCUUCACGUCCGCCGUGCUCAACAGUACCAACACCUACCGCGCGCAGCACAACGCCUCCUCGCUGACGUGGAACGCGACGCUCGCAUCCUUUGCCGCGUCCUACCUGGAGGCGGCGCAAAAGGACGACUGCAAGUUUGAGCACUCGGGCGGGCCGUACGGGGAGAACAUCGCCAUCGGGUACGCGAACGCGACGGCGGCGAUGGAGGCCUGGGGCGACGAGCGGAAGGAGUACAGCUUCGGCAAGCCCGGGUUCGACCAUGGCACCGGGCACUUUACCCAGCUGGUCUGGAAGGACACGACGACGGUGGGGUGUGAGCGCGUGCUGUGCGAGGGCGUCAAGGGGUGGUUUGUGGCGUGCGAGUACUGGCCGCGGGGCAACGUGCAGGGAGAGUUUGGAGAUGAGGUGCAGAAGCAGGUCGAGAGUGGCAGUGGCGCGGAGAGAUUAAGAGCAGAACUUGGACUGGUGGCGAUGGCUACUGCCAUGGCGGUCUGGUUAUCGUGGAUGUGA